AUGAAGCUGCUGGCGGCGGCACUAAGGAACUUCAUCGCAGCGAGCAAACGGUGCAGGAACAACCUGCCGUCAGCUCCCCUGUUCCUUCUACCUCUGUGUUUCUCUAACGGCCUAAACUCUCCGAUUCCUACGAAAUUCCGCAUCUCCAGAGAACCAGUCCCACACAAACCAAAAGCACGGCAAACCUCCAAGAAGGGCGCGAAGAAAAUCAUUAAGAAGUCGCCAACGAAGGGCAACAAGAAGAGGAGGCGGUCCAGGAAAGAAAGUUACUCCAUCUACAUCUACAAAGUGAUGAAGCAGGUUCACCCCGACACCGGCAUCUCCUCCAAGGCCAUGAGCAUCAUGAACUCGUUCGUCAACGAUAUUUUCGAGCGCAUCGCGGGGGAGGCUUCCCGCCUGGCCCAUUACAACAAGCGCAGCACCAUCAGCUCCCGGGAGAUCCAGACCGCCGUGCGGCUGCUGCUGCCCGGGGAGCUGGCCAAGCACGCCGUGUCGGAGGGCACAAAGGCGGUGACCAAGUACACCAGCUCCAAGUGA